CCAACUUUUCAUCACCCCCCUCAAUCCAUUGCUUUCCUCCCCGCGUUUUCUCUCUCUCUCUCUACUCAUUUCUCAACUCUCACCAACUAACCUCCCACCCACCUGCUCUGCACCCACCCUCCGCCAUGCCCGCUUCCUCCACCACCACCACUCACGGCCGAGCGACGAACCCACUGUUUUGAGUAUUCUACUUCAUAUUCACCCGCUGGCCACCACCACUUUCAACCCACGAAAGUUAAACCAUGGGCAACUGCAACGCCUGCAUACGCCCCGAAAACGAGCUUCCCCAAGCAGCGUCCUCCCCCACCACCACCUCCUCGUCCGACCGCCGUCAUAAACACCACAAGAAACCUCCUUCUCCAAAACCCAGAAAAACCCGGGAGCGAAGGCCCAACCCCUACGCCGAAUCCCCAGCUACCAUCCGGGUCCUCAAGGACUUCAUCCCCCGCACCCGAAUCUCCGACAAGUACAUCCUCGGCCGGGAGCUCGGCCGGGGCGAAUUCGGGAUAACUUACCUCUGCACCGACCGGGAGACCCGGGACGCGCUGGCCUGCAAGUCAAUCUCCAAGAAGAAGCUGAGGACGGCGGUGGACAUAGAGGACGUGAGGCGGGAGGUGGCCAUCAUGUCGAGCUUGCCGGAGCAUCCCAACAUAGUGAAGCUGAGGGCCACGUACGAGGACAACGAGGCGGUUCAUCUGGUGAUGGAGCUGUGCGAAGGCGGGGAGCUGUUUGAUAGGAUAGUGGCGAGAGGGCAUUACAGCGAGAGGGCGGCGGCCGCGGUGGCCAAGACUAUUGCGGAGGUGGUGAUGAUGUGUCAUGCCAAUGGAGUGAUGCAUAGGGAUUUGAAGCCGGAGAAUUUCUUGUUUGCUAAUAAGAAGGAGAAUUCUCCUCUCAAGGCUAUUGAUUUCGGCUUGUCUGUGUUUUUUAAGCCCGGUGAAAGAUUUUCUGAGAUUGUUGGAAGUCCAUAUUACAUGGCUCCAGAGGUUUUGAAGCGCAGUUAUGGACCUGAGGUGGACAUUUGGAGCUCUGGUGUGAUCCUUUACAUUUUGCUAUGUGGAGUUCCUCCAUUUUGGGCAGAAACUGAACAGGGUGUUGCUCUGGCAAUUUUACGGGGUGUGAUCGAUUUUAAAAGGGAACCAUGGCCCCAAAUAUCUGAAAGUGCGAAGAGCCUUGUUAAGCAGAUGUUGGAGCCAGAUCCCAAAAAGCGUUUGACUGCCCAACAGGUGCUUGACCACCCCUGGUUACAAAAUGCUAAAAAAGCUUCAAAUGUUCCAUUGGGUGAUAUAGUCCGGACAAGGCUCAAGCAAUUUUCUGUGAUGAAUAAGUUCAAGAAGAAAGCACUUCGGGUGAUUGCAGAACACUUAUCUGUUGAAGAGGUAGAGGUCAUAAGGGAUAUGUUUACGUUGAUGGACACUGACAAUGAUGGGAAAGUAACAUAUGAGGAGUUAAGGGCAGGGCUUCGGAAAGUUGGUUCACAGUUGGCUGAACCAGAGAUAAAAUUGCUUAUGGAAGUGGCUGAUGUUGAUGGAAAUGGAGUUCUGGACUAUGGAGAGUUUGUAGCAGUGACGAUACACUUGCAGAGGAUGGAGAAUGAUGAGCACUUUCGUAGAGCAUUCAUGUUUUUUGACAAAGACGGAAGCGGGUAUAUUGAUCUGGAUGAGCUCAAAGAAGCUUUGGCGGAUGAAUCAGGCGAGACUGAUGUGGCUGUACUGAAUGAAAUUAUGCGAGAAGUUGAUACAGACAAGGAUGGACAAAUUAGUUAUGAAGAGUUUGUUGCAAUGAUGAAAACUGGAACCGACUGGAGAAAGGCAUCUCGGCAGUACUCGAGAGAAAGGUUCAAGAGUUUGAGCCUUAAUCUGAUGAAGGAUGGAUCUUUGCAGCUUCAAGAUGGGUUUACGGGUCAAACUGUCGUCGUUUGAUCUCAAUGCUUCACCCUCAGUUAGUGUUUCUUUGCUUCAGAAGUAAAUAGCCUACGAAAACCAGUUCUGCCAUGUCUAUAAUUUCUGCUAUGUGGAUAGUCUGUGUUAUAGGAAUUGCAGAAUGAAGGAUGAACCUUUAAUUUUCAGGUUCCCGAGGGGGGAGGGGGAGGGGGGUUGGGCUGUGACAGUUGAAGGAUGAUACAUUUUGGUCGCGAUUGUUUAUUGUUCAGGCAUCCAUGUUUUGCUGGUUGAUUCGAUUUUUAACUUGUAAAUUGUCAUGUGAUUUGAGUUCCAUAUCCACUAUUGUGCCUCUUUGAACUGCACAAAAAGCAGUUAAGAGUUGCUUAUUGGGUACAUGUCAGUGCUGGAGGCAUUCUUUAAUUUGUUAAAAGUUGUUUCCUCUGAUUGAAAAGCUGCA